AGGCCGGGAAAAUGGGAGAGCGGGGGGCGGAGGGGGCCCCGGAGAGGAGCGGGGGCCCAGACUGCAGGCCGUGGUGAUAACAGGACUGUCUGCUCCGGUCCGGCCUGUGCUGUCAGCGCCGCCACAGCUCACCUUAUAGCAGAGAGGUCACAGCCGGAAACCGCUCCGGUACCGCCGCCUGAUCGUUACAGAGAUCAGAGAACUGUUCUUGAAGAUGUCUUCCAGUUUCCACGUCUUCUGACUGUAUUGUCAUGGACAAAUUUCUACCCAAAAAUCUACACACUGUUUUUUUUUUCUCGUGAAGAUCUUACUAUGGGAAACCAAGAAAAGAGAAGCACCACCCAGUCCAGUACGUCUUAUCUGGAACCAGUUUGUGUGACCUCUUUAUGGGCUUCUUAUCUGCAUACCGCUGGUGGCCAAGACAUCAUCCACCACUGACUUGAGUCAGCAAAGAGAACUUCCUCAUUCUGUGGACAAGACACAUAUACUGACAUGAUCUGUAAUCUGUACAUACUGAUCUUGUUUUUCAUGUACGAUAACUGGUAACUUACCAACCCGUAUUCCUUUAUGUGGUCAAACUACGCUGGAGGUUUUCUAGAUGACUUUUGCCGAUGGACCAUCUUCCAGGCUCGAUUGUGCAGUAUCAUUAGAUUAUUUUCCAUCUCCGUCUUUCGAGAACAACUUUGUGUGGAGGAGAUGCAUGGCAAAUAGCGUCUUCGUAUGGUCAUGGUCUGUACUCCUAUGGGAUCUAUGUGAAUUCGGCAACGUCUUCGUAGGAGGAAGAAGCUUCCACCACUGACUGUGAAAUGUAGGACAGAGGUUUGAAACGUUUUGUACAGAGGUUUUCAGAACAGACUUUAUAGAUUGAUUCCCGACUCGGGACAGGAACAGGAUCCUGCAUGAACGUCUCUAGACAGUCACUGUAGAAGACGUGAGGUCAGUUUAUUCAACUUGACCCACAUGCAAGAUCGAGAGACAUGGCUGUGGGAUGAACUUACCAAAGUGAGACACCCCAAGUCUCCACCCUCAGCGGGGUCUAAAGGUCGGUCUCCAGAAGAUGACCCCCAGCUCCUCUGACACUGUGACAUUUCUUGGGAUAGAAAAGGCUGGAGCCAUGAAUCUGCUGUACAGGAAGAGCCGAGUGGAGUGGAGACAGAAGGAGGAGGAACCUAAGAAAAGCUCUGGAAAGGUUCGGGACAUGGCUUCGUUCCGUCGCCAUUUCCGGAUGGGUUUUAUGACGAUGCCAGCCUCUCAAGAGCGGGCCCCUCUCCCAUGUGCCAGUGCCAUGGCCCCUCGGUCUCUUUCCUGUCACUCAGUGGGCAGUGCACCAGAGGAUAGUGGAAACGAAGGGGGCCCCCCGGGGAGGAGACCUCCAGCAAAACCUAAGAGAAACCCCAGCACAAAACUCAGCCUUGGUGGAGAAGGACGGACGGCAGAGGAACGUAGGAUCAGGAAGGAAGGGUCCAUAAAAAGUGCCUCUGACACUCGCCGGAUGCCCCCGCAGAAACCACAGCGCAGCCCCCAUACACAUCUGUCUGCCUCCUUUGACGACGCCUAUGCGAACCGACCUGCCUCAACAUCUGCCAUUCUCACUUCCAGCAACCGCACCUCUUCGCCCUCCCCAGAAGAACCUGUGUACAUUGAGAUGGUAGGCAACGCGUCUCGAAGGCCUCCUCCCCCACCCACCCCAGCACCACCAGAGGAGGAGUCAGAUGGUGAAGAAGAGGCAAUCUAUGAGGAAAUGAAGUACCCUCUUCAUGAAGAGCAGCCAUCCCAUCUGAGACAUCCUCAACGCCGCCGGCUUCCACCACCUAGAACUCCGGAGGUUGACAUACCACCACCUUUUCCUAACCUCCUACAGCAUCGACCUCCACUUCUUGGAGCACCAUCUGGAAAGGGCCAAAAAGUCACAAAGCCUUCGCAGCCGGCCGCAUCUUCUAAGCUGCCGGUUCCUCACAAGGAGAUGCCAAGUGCAGCCUCCUCAUCAUCCAUUUAUCUCCCUCCAUCUGGUCGUGCUCGCAGUCACUCAACACCGUUGCCCCCACAGACGUCUGCCCAGCGCAGACCAGAGUCUGAAACCCCGAGAGGGUCGACGUUCUCACAGGAAAAGGGGGCAUCGAUGUUGCCCAUUCCCCAUGGACAUAAUCGGGACAAAGCCCUUUCUUACACCAUGGUGUAUUCUUCCGUCAAGGUGACACAUUCUCUCUUACCAGCCUCACAGGUUGAGGAAAAAACUGAGAGGGAGAUCUCGGUCUUAGCUGGACUUAUUUGUCCAGCAUCUCGUGUGGCGGGCACACAACUCCCAAGUCGACCUCCUUCAGCACACCUCCAUCAGGUCCAAGGGGAGCAGGCUUCUCCUGCCGUCUGGACAUACCCUACGGGCAAGAGACCACCAGCAUACGAGACCAGCAUAAAGGGCUCAAGAACACCAGUCGUUCAGGCCUCCGAAACCCGUGUAGGUGUUGGGGCAGCAGAGGAGGAGAGGCCUGGGUCUGUAUGGGAAUUACAGAGAAGAAUGUCAUGUGGGCGUCGGAGCCAACUUGGGGAACCAUUAUCCGAUGUUCCCCGCGUUUGGAACGGGAAUCCAGGAAGACCAGAGAAGACCGGCCAUGGGACAGCUGCAUCUGGUAUCCCUGUUCGGAGCCAACAAAGCCUGGACAGUGCACUUGCCCGUGGGGUGGCACGGACAGGUCUUCCAGUGCCAUGCCAAACCUUUCCAGCAUGUCACAGGAGUGCAGAUUUUGGAGGUGGAUAUCGCCUGGGCCGUUCCGCCUCUACCUCCGGGGUGCGCCAGACAUCUGCCCACAGGCAAAAUCAGGUAUCUGCUCAGACACUGAGACCUGCAGAGCAUUACUGCACUGUGCAUCAUAUCACAAGGCUGCAGAGCAUUACUCCGGCAUGCAGGUCACUCACUGUGCCAAUCUCAUCACAUCGUUUUAUCAUUCUCUCUCUCUCUGCAGAACAUUAUUCCCAAAUGGAGUUCACUCACCUCUCUGCAGAGCAUUACUGCUGCAUUGUGAUCAUCCUCUUUCUCCGCAGAGCGAUUCGCCUCCAUGCUGAUUACUUUCCGCUGAUUUCUGACCUCAUUUCCUAUCUCUCCCUGCAGAGCCCCAUUCAUGCUUCCCGUUAUCUCCAUUACCCAUGUGUGCAGAUUAUCGCACCUCUCUGUACAGCACGAGCCUCGCAUGCCCAUAAUCUCAUCUUCACACAGGCGGUUUUGUCCCCCACCCCCACGCUGCCCUCUGGUGGCCGGGAACGUGAUGGAAAAUUGCAGGAAGUGAUUGAGAGGAAGAGAUUUCUGUGCCACGAGAUCAAGUCGCGGCAGCCGCGGGCAGAGAGGGGGCUCUGCAAGCAGGAAAGCCUGCCCAUCCUUCCCAGCUGGAGGCGGGGGUCUGAAGUUCGGAAAGGGGGCACCCCACCAUGCCAUCGGCAUCAGGCUGUGUUGUGGGACACCGCCAUCUGAGAAUCCUCCCCCUUCUCUGUACCCAGGGGCGCUGGCCGAAACCCUGCGGUGGAGGUGGGCAGGAGGUCUGUGGGGGGAUAGUCUGCGGAUACGGAGGGCAGUAGUGGGGGACGAUGAGGGUGAUAGUCCAGAGCUGGGCUCCUCCCAUGACAUUCUUGACCAUGCCAAUAGUUGAUGAGUUGUCACCCAUGAGAAGGAGCCCCCAAAGUACUAGGGUCACUUCGGGUCGUCCGCCAGCGAGGUCAAGGGCUAACCGGGCAGAAUGGCGCCGAGCUGUCCACACACACGGAGCGCUUCCCGCACGGAUCGGAGGGCGAAUCACCCAAACUAAGAUUGAUGGGCAAAUCCAUGAAACUAGUCAGCUGCCGUCCUAUAGUCCGCGGGGUUGGCACAUUUCGGGUGGAGUCCGCCUUUAAGGGCUCAUUCACACAACAUUUUUUGCGGCUCGGGUGCGGACCCAUUCACUCCGUGAGCUGUCCGCAUCCGUUGCUCCGUUCCGUUCCCAUUUUGUGGACAAGAAUAGGCAUUUCUAUAAUGGGCCAACCCUUCCGUUUCGCAAAUUGCGGAAGGCACACGGGCGGCAUCCGUGUUUUGCGGACCUCAAAACACGGCACGUUCAUGUGAACGAGCCCCAAGUGAUCUUUGGUGCCGUCUAUAGUCGGCUUCAUUGAUUGAGGAGAUGACGGCUGCACCAUUACAGACCAGUUUGGCAAUGGGUCGAAACGUAGGCGUCAUUUCAUGUGGUGAUGGGAUAAGCGGACGCCAAACACGCUUGGCUCUGCUUAUCUCAUAUCAAACAUGUAUAAUGUCCCUCUAAGGUAAGGGACCACGAUGAAGGACCACCAGAAAUAGGGUCCAGUAACCACCUUCAUCCCCGGGGUCUCCCACAUUCAUGUUCCAGGUCUUCCUUGUCAUGGUGGAUCCAACAUCAUGUGCUGGAGGUGACGCCAUAUUGGUGCUGUGAUGUCACCAACGUCAAAGGUGUGUACGAAAGGAAACAUCCAAAUCAUGGUGGAUCUCCCCUCCAAACAAUAAUGGGAUCUUCCAAAAGGAAUCUAGCGCCUAGGGGCAGUCUAGUAACUGGGUGAGCCCACUUCAUGCGACGGGGGUGGUAUACGCUCACGGUUACAGGGCUGGAUGAUGAGGAUUUACCGCCUCGUUCUUCAGUCCCUUCACAAAGGAAUUACCAAGCAGCUGACUAAUUACAAAAAAAAGAAAAAAUGACCCGUUUAUACGGAAUUUUCAGGCCCUCCACACAGACGCACAUCAGCCGGCGGCCGCGACUUUAUAGGGUCACUUUUCUGAGCUGUAAUAAUGAGAUUUCAGAUAUUUAUUCGUGUAUAUAAACAUUUUUGUAUAUAGGAGGUCAUGGCGAGGCAUAAGAGAUCGUACUGAUUGUAGCGUCGGUGUCAUUCACGUAGAUAACGCGGCGGGGGUAUUUUUAGGUUAUUUUUCAUGAUUUUUUUCAUUAUGUGCCAUUUAUCACUGACAGACGAAAUCAAGUGCUUUAUCCUGUAUUAUUAUUAACGGUUUUACUCCUCUUUAUUCGUUUGCCUUAAGAGCGGCGCUCACGUAGCCGUGCGGUUAUUUCUGCUAAAUAUUGACCCACAUUUUAGGCCUCAUCCACACGACCGCAGUUUCGGUCCAUAUACAAUCUGCAUUUUUUACGGAUCGCUACGGUGCCGCAAAACAUGUGGACAGCACACCACGUGCCGUCCGCAUCCGUAUGGCGGCCCGCAACCUCGCAAAAAAAAAAGCAGAACGUGUCCUAUUCUUGUCCGUUUUUCCGGUCAAGAAUAGGCAUUGCUGACAAAGGGAAGGACGUGCGGAUCCGCUAAAUGUGGAACGCACACAGCCGGUAUCCGUGUUUUGCGGAUCCGUAAUUUGCGGACCGCAAAUGCUCAUCCGGUCGUGUGCAGGAGGCCUUAUUCUUCUAAUGGGACAAAUUCUAAGAUUUAUUGCCGCCUACGAUUCCAAUAUAAUGUGAUCAUCUCUACAAAACUACCUUCUAGUGUUUAUACUUUACGUGGACGUUUUUUCAUUUUAUUUAUUUUACAUUAAGUUAUUGUA